UAUUUUGCUUUGUUGUCAGUAGUUUCUGUUUGACGUUGAGUUCUAUUUUUUUAUGUCUUCCAAAAUUGAAGGCCAAGCAAAUGUCGAGGCGUCCAUGAACGCGAACCUCAUGGCCACAGACAGGGUCCUCGAAAAAAUUGGUGAUCACUACAAUAAUCCCGAAAUGGCUGAUCGAAUUCUGGUUGUGAAGGUCAGACCUCAGGGAUGGGAGAUGCAAGAGGCAGCUAAACUAGCAAGAAAUUAUAUCAACAAAGACAAAGGGAAGUCAGAAAAGAUGUCUAAUAUAGAAAGCACGAACGAGUCUAAAACUUCGACCAGAAAAAAUGACGAGAAGUCACUAAGUAAAGUCUCUAAGGACGUUUUAAGUGAGCCAGUCUCCGGAGCAAUAGCAUCUGCAAGUAUUGUCUUGAGUGAUAGUGAUGUAGACGUUGAAAUAGUGACUUCAGCGUCUGAUUCAAGUUAUUCACCUGUACAAGAAGUAUAUAACUCGAAAGCUGGUACCAAAAGGAAGAAAAAUAAUUCCGAGGAUAGUAUUGUUAUUCCAGAAGAAAUACUAUUGGAUAAGGACUCUAAAUGUCCAAUAGAUUCAAGCUGUGAACAAGGGUCUGAUUUACCUAAUCCUUCAGAGGUAUCUAAAACAGAGGAUGUAGAACUAAAGACAGAAAAUCCUGUCGAGGAAUCAGACAGGGAAAUAAUUAGUCAGGCGGACAAGAAGAUCUGUGUAGACAUUGAAGAAUUUCUUCCUAUUUACACCUUUGCUACGCAGCAAGAUGUGGAUUCCUGUGUUGUUUGUGAACAUGAGAUUUAUGUGCACAGUUUUUGGUUGGCUCUUAAUAGCCCAUACUUUAGAGGACUAUUCUUUAGUUCUGGGAUGAAAGAAACAAAAGAUAAAAAGGUCGUGAUGAAUGUCAGUGAAUCUAUGUCGUCCAUGUUUCUGGUGUUGAUAGAAUCUCUUUAUCGACCUGAGGUGGUGUCUAACAAGAGUGUUGAUGAACUUCUUAUUCUCAUGAGACUUGCGCAUGUUUAUGACACAGAAAGCACUCUCAAAGCAUGUGAAAGGCUACUUGAAUCUGCUGAUUUAUCUAUCGAAAUCUGUGAUAGUGCUCUAAAUAUGCGAGAGCAUGAAAGAUUGCCAGAGAUGGAUGACUUCAAUAAGAGGUGCCAGCGUUUUCUCGUAGAUUCAUUUAGCCCAUUAGAUUACCAGUGGACCAGAGAGGAAUUUUUUUCUCUUAGUGCAAAAGCUCUACAAUCAGUUCUCAGCAGUGACGAACUCUGUGUUUCCAUGGAGAAUACAGUUUUCCUGGCAUUAAUGAGGUGGGCAGAAGUAAAUGAUACCUAUGGAGAUGCCCUGGAAUCUUUAUUAGAGCUAGUGAGGUUCAAGGCCAUGACUAUUAACUAUUUACAUGACAUUGUGACAAGUAAACAUCCCAUUGCUGCAACUGUUGCCAAGUUUCCACAGAUGUUUGAGGAAGCAGUGUUUUUCCGUGCAUUUUCAAAGGAGAGGCAAGCAGAGGAAGGAGACCUAGUAAGCCGGAAAGAAUUUGAAGAACCAAUUUUAUUCAACUGGCAUGUUGAAAACUAUGAUGAUUCGGACUUCGAAAAAAGAAAGAAAAUAGUCAAGUCUCCUCACUUCUGGGUUAGCGGUUAUGAAAUGUUUCUAGAAUUAAAGUUAAGGUCAACUGGCUUCCAAGGUCUCUACCUAACCAUCUGCACAAGACAGUUCCUCCAUCACUCCAAGGGUUUUGUCAAGCUCAAAUACUCUCUCUCCUCUAAUUUCCUCAAGGCUACCCAUGUGUUUAAUGAGAUCGAUGUGUUUGACAAAGAGGGUUCAGGCUGGGGCUAUGAGGAGUUUUUCCCUCUUGUUUGGUAUGAAUUUAAGGAGCAGUUGAAAAGAACUCCUCUUAUAAUAACAGCACAGGUCAGACUCAUUGAAUAAAUACAGUACCAUUAUUUAAAUGGUUUUAGAGGUAGUGCCAUGCUUUCCUAAAUUUAAAAGCCCCACAAUUAUUGCAUUUCACACAACUUCUUAUGCACUAGUCUUUCUUUAAAGAAAAGGUUGCACCGUAGCUUGAGGUUAAGGUGAUAGUUAAGAGAGGGCUAGUGCAAGCCAGGCCUCUUAAAAAUUUUAUUUUAUUUUCAGAUAAAAAUAAUUUAAAGUGUUUGCAUUGGAUGUAAAUGUUUGAGAUAUUU